AUGACAGCUACUCACACGGGCCACAGCCACUCACACGCACCACAGCCACUCACAUGCGCCACAGCCACUCACACGCGCCACAUCCACUCACAUGCACCACAGCCACUCACACGCGCCACAGCACUCACAUGCGCCAGAGCCACUCACACGCGCCACAGCCACUCACACGCGCCACAGCCACUCACACGCGCCACAGCCACUCACACGCGCCACAGCCACUCACACGCGCCACAGCCACUCACACGCGCCACAGCCACUCACACGCGCCACAGCCACUCACACGCGCCACAGCCACUCACACGCGCCACAGCCACUCACACGCGCCACAGCCACUCACACGCGCCACAGCCACUCACACGCGCCACAGCCACUCACACGCGCCACAGCCACUCACACGCGCCACAGCCACUCACACGCGCCACAGCCACUCACACGCGCCACAGCCACUCACACGCGCCACAGCCACUCACACGCGCCACAGCCACUCACACGCGCCACAGCCACUCACACGCGCCACAGCCACUCACACGCGCCACAGCCACUCACACGCGCCACAGCCACUCACACGCGCCACAGCCACUCACACGCGCCACAGCCACUCACACGCGCCACAGCCACUCACACGCGCCACAGCCACUCACACGCGCCACAGCCACUCACAUGCGCCACAGCAAGGGAGGCGAGCAGAGGGCAGAUGGGAGAGGGCCGUCGAUGCUGUUGUUGUCCAGCCAGCUGGGGCACGCACGCACAGCAGUGGCAGCAGCAAGCUGGUUGUUGUUGAGAAUGCUGCAGAGCAUGGGGAGGGAUGUGCACAUGGGGAGGGAUGUGCACAUGGGGAGGGAUGUGCACAUGGGGAGGGAUGUGCACAUGGGGAGGGAUGUGCACAUGGGGAGGGAUGUGCACAUGGGGAGGGAUGUGCACAUGGGGAGGGAUGUGCACAUGGGGAGGGAUGUGCACAUGGGGAGGGAUGUGCACAUGGGGAGGGAGGUGCACGUUUAG